GCAGUCGUUGUUAUUGUUUGGCGUUAUGUGCUGGACUUUUCUGGAUCACUAAACUCAACAUGACAGAAGAGUCGGCGUAAAGGUCUGCGUCCGAGUCCGGCCCCACAUAGCGAGGGAGCAGAGCUCCUCGUCGGAGGACGCCGAGCCCGUCCAGUGUUUCUGGAAGGCUAGCAGGAAGGCCAUCCAGCAGGUGGAGGAUGGGAAUCCCACCAAGACCUUCAGCUUCGAUCGAGUGUUCACUGCAGAGGAGACCACGAACCAGCUGUACCAGGCCAUCGCCAAGCCCCUGGUGGUGUCUGCUGUGGAGGGCUACAAUGGGACCAUUUUUUGCCUACGGCCAGACCUCGUCAGGGAAAAUCACCAUGAUGGGCGACGGUGGCGGCGGCGGCGGCGGCGUCCCCGGCGUCAUCCCCCUGGCCGUGGAGGACGUCUUCCAGAGCAUCUCUAAUCUGCCGGAGAAGGAGUUCCUGCUGCGGGUCUCCUACAUGGAGAUCUACAACGAGACGGUGGUGGACCUGCUGGUCAGCAGCUGGAAGAGAAAACCCCUGGAGGUCCGAGAGACCAUCAACAAAAACGUGUUUGUGGCCGACCUGACGGAGGAGCUGGUGACCAGCUCGGCUCAGGCCCUGGCCUGGAUCCGCAAGGGAGAAAAGAACCGCCACUACGGGAAGACCAAGAUGAACCAGCGCAGCAGCCGCUCGCACACCAUCUUCCGCAUGAUCAUAGAGAGCCGAGAGCGCAGCGACCCGGCGGAGGGCGAGAACGCCGACGGCGGCAUCAUCGUGUCUCAUCUGAACCUGGUGGAUCUGGCCGGGUCCGAGCGAGCCAGCCAGACGGGAGCUGAAGGCACUCGCUUCAAGGAGGGCUGCAAUAUCAACCGCAGCCUGUUCACGCUGGGCCAGGUGAUCAAGAAGCUGACCGACGAGAGCCAGAAAGUCUUCACCAGCUACAGGGACAGUAAGCUCACACGGAUCCUGCAGAACUCUCUGGGCGGCAACGCCAAGACGGUCAUAAUCUGCACCAUCACGCCGGCCACUCUGGAGGAGACCCUGAGCACGCUGCAGUUUGCGAGCACCGCAAAAAAAAUGAAGAACGACCCUCAUGUGACGGAGGUGUCCGACGACGGCGCCCUGCAACGGUACCGCACGGAAAUCGUGGACCUGAAGCGGCGUCUGCAGGAGGUGUCCUCGGUCACCCAGACCACCGCCACGGAGAAGGAGGUCCUGUCCCAGCUGCUGCAGGAGAAGGAGAUGCUCCAGAGGGAGCAGGAGGACCGGAUCAAGAACCUGACCCAGCUGCUGGUCACCAGCUCCAACCAGGUCACCGUCAAAAAGGUCCCGAAGCGCCGUGUCACGUGGGGGGGGAAGAUGCUGAAGCUGGCCGGUCCUUCCUCCUGCGAGGCUCAUCCGUCAGACCUCCACCUGUCGCAGUCCUUCGUGCGGAAGAGGAAAGGCUCCACCCUGACGGAGCUGUGCGAGGACGAGGACUUCGACUCCCAGUGGGAAAUCCCCGACGAGCCUCAGGACGAGGCCGAGACCAGCCAGAGCUCGGUGACGGUCCGGAGCUUCGAGGACAGCCCCAGAGACGGCUCCAGCGUCUGGAUGUGUGAGCUGUCCAGCAAGGUGUGGACCCUGGAGCUGCAGCUGGACCUGGAGAGACAGCAGAAGGAGGACGCCCUGAAGAGGGUGGAGGAGCUGGAGAGCAGGGUGGAGGAGGCGCAGCGGGUGGCAGCCGAGCUGCAGCUGGAGGAGGCCCAGCAGAAUGAACAGACGGAGGCCGCGCUGCAGCUGGAGGAGGCCCAGCAGAAGGAGCUGAUGGAGGCCGCGCUGCAGGUGGAGGAGGCGCAGCAGAAGGAGCUGACGGAGGCCGCGCUGCAGGUGGAGGAGGCGCAGCAGAAUGAACAGACGGAGGCCGCGCUGCAGCUGGAGGAGGCCCAGCAGAAGGAGCUGACGGAGGCCGCGCUGCAGCUGGACGAGGCGCAGCGGGUGGAGGCUGAGCUGCGCCUGCAGCUGGAGGCUGAAGCGGAGGCCAGACGGCAGGCGGUGGAGAAGCUGGACAUGCUGGAGCUGAGAGUUCUGGACCUGGAGCAGCAGAACCGCGCUCACAGGGAGACUGUGGAGCAGAUGACCGGCCAGCUGUUGGAGACCACCCAGCUGUGUGAAGCCUUGAGCUCAGAGAAGGAGGAGGUGCUCACCGAGCGGGACUUCCUGCAGCAGGAGGUGGGGAUGCUCCUCCAGCAGGCCGACAUCCUGGAGAAGGAGAAGGCCGCCCUGUCCCAGGAAAUGAGGGAGCUCCGAGAGACGGACGAGUUUCAGAGGCUGGAGGCGGAGUUCAACCAGCAGCAGCAGCGCGACAUCCAGGAGGAACUGAGCGGCUUGAAGACGGCUCUGCAGUCCUCUGAGGCUCAGUGCCGGCUGCUUCAGAGCGAGCUGGACGGCGUGUCGGAGCAGCUGAAGAUCAAAACGCAGUUUGCAGAAGAGCUUGAGGUCAUGAGCGGCAAGGACCUGGUGCAGGAGGUGGCCCAGCUGCGCCGCUCUCUGGACGACGCAGAGGGACUGAGCAUCGACACCAAGAAGGAGUGGGCCUUCCUCCGGAGCGAGAACAUGGCUCUGACCGAGGAAAACACGACUCUGAGCGCCAGCAGUAAAAAGAUGGAGACGGAGGUGAGCAGCCUGCGGGCUCAGCUGGAGGCGGAGAAGACCCGAUACCGGAGCAUGCAGAGCGACCUCCAGAAGGAGCUCACCCUGGCCUUCACAGAGAACGCCCGGCUCAGCAGCCUGCUGGCAGGCAAGGUGCCCACAGAUCUGAUGGACAGGUUUGACCUUGAGAAGACCGUGACCAGUCUGAACAAGGAGCUGGCCGAGUCCCGUGAGGCCGAGGAGACGCUCAGAGCUCAGCUGGAGACCUUUCCUGCCACCGUGGACUGCCUGUCCAAGAGGGUGCAGGAGCUGAGCGAAGAGCUGCUUUCUGCUGAGGCUCAGCGGCAGGAGGAGGCCGGGCGGCUGGAGGAGGCCCUGCAGGGGUCUCAGGAGGAGGCCCGGCGGCUGGAGGAGGCCCUGCAGGGGUCUCAGGAGGAGGCCCGGCGGCUGGAGGAGGCCCUGCAGGGGUCUCAGGAGGAGGCCCGGCGGCUGGAGGAGGCCCUGCAGGGGUCUCAGGAGGAGGCCCGGCGGCUGGAGGAGGCCCUGCAGACGUCUCAGGAGGAGGCCCGGCGGCUGGAGGAGGCCCUGCAGGGGUCUCAGGAGGAGGCCCGGCGGCUGGAGGAGGCCCUGCAGGGGUCUCAGGAGGAGGCCCGGCGGCUGGAGGAGGCCCUGCAGACGUCUCAGGAGGAGGCCCGGCGGCUGGAGGAGGCCCUGCAGACGUCUCAGGAGGAGGCCCGGCGGCUGGAGGAGGCCCUGCAGACGUCUCAGGAGGAGGCCCGGCGGCUGGGCGAAGAGAUGACGCAGAGGAUGGACUCGCUGGAGUCAGACCUGAGUCGAAGUGAAGCUGAGAGGAAUCGGCUCCUGGCUGCUGUUGAGGAGAAGGUUCUGCAGCCUGCAGGGACACACACCCUCCUGGAGUCUCUUCAGCUGGAGCUCGAUGAGGAGAAGCAGAAGAACUCGGAUCUGAGCAGACACUGCGAGCAGACAGAGUCCGACGUGCUGGCGCUGUCCCGGGAGCUUCAGAGUGUGAGACAGGAGAAGAACGCUGUCCUCGGGGCUCCAGACCGGAGCGGUGUGGACCAGCUGGACGAGCUGCGCUCCGCCGUGGCGUCCCUGUCUGCAGAGAGGGACCAGCUGAAGCUGGACCUGCAGGAGAACGUGGACAUUAUGAUCGAGGUGCAGGAGGAGCUGAGGACGGCCAUGGACAAGAACCGGAAGCAGAAGGAGCUCAUCAAGCAGCUGGAGAGCACGAGGACGUCCCCAGCAGAGGACGGUCCCUCUGAAACCAGAGCUCAGAUAACAUCCCUGAGAGAGGAGCUGCAGAGGGUGGAGGCCGAGCGAGCCGGCCUGCUGGCAGAGAAGGAGUCCAUCCAGCAGAGCUCCUCAGAUCAGAUCCAGGAGCUGCAGGACAAGAUAACAUCUCUGAGUGAGGAGAGAGAGGAGCUGCAGGAGAAAAUAUCAUCUGAGAUUAAAGAGAGAGUGGAAAUGGAGAGAGCUUGUGUGCCGCCUGAGGGAUCCAGCCAGCAAAGCUCCUCAGAUCAGAUCCAGGAGCUGCAGCACAAGAUAACAUCUCUGAGAGAGGAGAGAGAGGAGCUGCAUGAGAAAAUAACAUCCCUGAGAGAGGAGCUGCAGAGGGUGGAAGCAGAGAGAAUCAGUCUGCUAACAGAGAAGGAGUCCUUCCAGCAGAGCUCCUCAGAUCAGAUCCAGGAGCUGCAGCACAAAAUACCAUCUCUGAGAGAGGAGAACAGGGAGCUGCAGCACAAGGUCGCCUCUCUCCAAGAGGAGAGAGAGGAACUACAGGACAAGAUAACAUCUCUGACAGAGGAUCUGCAGAGAGAGCAAGCAGAGCGCGCCGGCCUGCUCACUGAGGAGUCCAUCCAGGAGCUGCAGGACAAGAUAACAUCUCUGAGAGAGGAGAGAGAGGAGCUGCAAGAGAAAAUAUCAUCUCUGAGAGAGGAUCUGCAGAGAGUGGAGGCAGAGCGAGCUGGCCUGCUAGCGGAGAAGGAGUCCAUCCAGCAGACCUCCUCAGAUCAGAUCCAGGAGCUGCAGGACAAGAUAACAUCUCUGAGAGAGGAGCUGCAGAGGGUGGAGGCAGAGCGCGCCGGCCUGCUAACGGAGAAGGAGUCCAUCCAGGAGCUGCAGCACAAGAUAAGAUCUCUGAGGGAGGAGAGAGAGGAGCUGCAGGAGAAGAUAAGGUCUCUGAGCGAGGCUCUGCAGAGAGAGGAAGCAGAGACGGCUGGUCUGAAGUCAGAGAAGGAGUCCGUCCAGCAGAGCUCCUCAGAUCAGCUGCAGCAGCUGCAGGAGGCGGUGGAGACUCUGAGGCAGCAGAGGCAGCAGCUCUGGGCCCAGCUGGACUCGAUGAAGAAGCUGAGUGAGGAGGAGGAGGAGCAGCGACGGCAGCAGGAGGCCAGGCUGCACCAACGAGUGCAGCAGCUGGAGGAGCGGCGAGCUUCGGCCGAGGCCGGCGCCGGCGCCACGCAGCAGCUGCUCGCUGAAGCCGGCGCCACCAUCAGGUCGCUCCGGGAGCAGCUCGGCGCCUCUGAGCCCGACAGGGCUGCAGCCAGGGAGGCCCUGCUGCAGGACUCCGCCCAGCAGCUGCAGGACACCCUGGCCGUCCUCCAGAGCUGUGUGGACAUGUGCCUGGUGUGUGACCUCAGGGACGUGGACGGCGGCGGUUUCGGAGACCUGCUGUCCCUCAGCCACGCCUUCGGCGUCUCCCUCCCAGCAGCCACCACCGCCGCCUACGAGGCCGUGCGCCAGGCGGGAGAGACGGUCGUCCAGAAGAUCACGGCCCACGCGGACCGGCAGCGCCCGCUCAUCCAGGCCUACCUGACCCUCCUGGAGGAGCUGGCCAGGAAGGAGGUGGCGGCGUUCGAGGAGAAGCGGCUGCAGGACGUCCUGCUGUGCAGGGCGGCGGCGCCCAGCGGCUGGGCCCGGGAGGACCACCUCACCCGGGGGUGGGAGCGUCGGCUGACCGAGCUGCUGGAGAGGAGGCGGGCCUAUCUGCAGACACUGUCCGGCCCCGUGGAGACGCUGCACCUCAGCAUGCUGGGCUUCAUCGCACAGGCCCGGGACGUCCUGCAGGACCGGAUGCGUUUCCGGGACCAGCUGUACCCGCUCCUGAAGGACCCGGUGGACCCGGUCCUGCUGGACCAGCUGCUGAGGCGCGAGCUGGACAGCAGGUCUGCCUCGGCAGCAGCUCUGCACCUGACGGGCAUUCCCGAGGAGUGCAGGGAGCCGCCUGGGGAGCUGCGGCGGCUGGAGGCUCAGCUGGAGGCGGAGCUUCAGGAGGCCCGGAGCAGGAACGGCGCCGUGCUGCAGGCGCUGCAGGGAGCGCCGCAGGGAGCGCCGCAGGGGACGGCGCUGUCCCUGCUGGUGGACAACCGCCGGCUGUCCCAGGAGCUGCAGCAGGCCCAGGACCGCCUGCAGGCCCUGCGGCUGCAGCUGGACCGGCUGCAGGACGCUCGGGACGAAGCGUCCAGCCGCGUGUCCAACCAGCAGCGGGCCACCCAGCUGCUGCAGACCGAGCUGCAGGACAGCCGCGCGCUGCUGCAGGACCGGGACAGCACCAUCCAGACGCUGCAGAGCCGGCUGAGGCAGUCCCAGACGGAAGCCGCUCCGGGCGCCACCGAGCUGGAGAAGCUCCGGACCAGGCUGCUCCAGAUGGAGGCCACGCUCCGCUCGGCGUCCGAGGAACACCAGAAGGAGAUGGGCCGGCUGAGCUCAUUGCUGGAGGAGAGGGAGGACCAGGUGAGGAAGCUGAAGGAGACUCUGAGGAGGCAUCAGGGAGACGAGCCGGUCCUGCAGGGUCAAGACCUCCACGCCAGGCUGACCCACCACAGAGGACUGGUGACCAAGAGCUGCGCUCAGCUGGAGAGGGUCAGACUGGAGGAGCAGGUCCGACAGCUUCAGGGCUCAGUGUCCCAGCUGGAGAGUGUGGUGUCCAGCCAGCAGGAGGAGAUCAGUAAGUGGAAGAGCCGAGCUCAGAAGCUGAAGCUGAAGACCAGAUUGGAUCCAGAGAAGCCCCCGUCGCCCCGCACACCCAGCAAGAGGGCCCCGCCCCCUCCCGCGGACCCGGCCGGCCUCCUGGCCUCUCCCAAGAGGCUCCAGCUGGGUCCGCUGCAGCCCCCCGCGCUGGGGCAGUUCUUGGGCUCGCCCAAGAAGCUGGACUCCCCGAAAAGCCGCUUCUUCGACGCGGGCAGCAGCUCGGACGUCCUGAGCAGGACCUACCGCAGGAAGUUCUUCGAUAACUCCAGACUGGGAGCCGCUCCAGAUGCAGCGUUGGACAGUGAGAAGGACUGGUGUCCUCUGUCUCCGUCACAGCAGGACAUGUGUAAAACUCAGUGAGCGUGUUUCAUUCUGCUAAAUGCUGUUUUUUCCUGUUCCUGGGUUUUUGUUGUCUUACUUUCCUAUUUUUUCUGCUUUCAA